AGCACGUGCGGCCCGCGUCGCUUACGAUUCCGGAAUCGACAAGGAACCCACAGAUCGAAGGAAACCACUUCCACGCUGCCGCCGCCGACGCGACCGCCACCAGUCCCCGCGACUAGGGCAAAGAAGACGAAGCGAUGCCGCCGAUAAGAACGGGGAAGCGGCGUCGGCCGGCGGAGGCGGAGGACGGGGGGUUCCCCUCGAGGACGCGCAGCGGCGGCCGGAGGCCCCCCGUCCAGAGCUCCCCACAGCUCGACUUCCCCGAUAAGUGCCGCUCUAAGCACUUGGAUGCAAACGGGAAUCCAGUGGAAUCCACAAUGUGCCACCAGUGCCAGCGGAAUGAUAAGGGUAGGGUUGUUCGUUGUACAAAGUGCCGGUCGAAGCGAUAUUGCAUCCCAUGCAUUACGAGAUGGUAUUCUCAAUUAACUGAGGAGGCAAUUUCUGAGGCUUGCCCAGUUUGUCGAGGAAAUUGCAAUUGCAAAGCAUGCUUGCGCAUGGAUGGAUCAUUGAAAGAUUUGUUGAAAUUUGGUGUAGAAUUUAGUGAUGAUGAAAAGUUACAAUACUCUGCUUACCUUCUCCAAUUGCUUCUUCCAGUCGCCCAAAAAAUAAAUCAAGAACAAGUGUUAGAAAAGGAAUUGGAAGCAAAGAAUCAAGGUUUAUCUCUAUCAGAUUUUAAGCUUCAGGAAGCAUGUUGGAAUGCUGAUGAACGCGCAUAUUGCAACAAUUGUAGAACUUCUAUUUAUGAUUACCACAGAAGCUGCCCAAACUGUUCAUAUGAUCUCUGUCUUACUUGUUGUCGGGAGCUUCGUGAGGGCCAUCUACAGGGAGGUGGAGUGGAAGAAGUUGAAUAUGCCGAUAAAGGGUUUGACUAUUUGCAUGGUAAAUAUUCUUGUGCUCAUUUCCCAGAAGGUAGAAAAGACUUGGAAGGAAUCUCUGAGGACAAAUUUAGGUCAAUAUCAGAGUGGAAAACACAGAGCGAUGGUAGCAUUCCUUGCCCCCCGCAGUCUAUGGGUGGCUGUGGAAGUGGCAUUCUAGAAUUAAGGACUCUGUUUCCUGAUGGUUGGGUUUCAGACUUGGUAUUGAAAGCAGAAGAACUUGUUCAUACCUACAGAUGUAUGAAUAUCACUAGAGUUUUGGAACAGGGAUGCUCUUGUUUCACAUCAGAAGGUGUGGUUGACCAUGGCAAUGAUUCAGCAAGAAAAGCUGCCUCCCGUGAUGAUAUGAGUGACAAUUAUUUGUACAGUCCAAAUGCUCUGGAUAUUCAAAAUGAGGAUCUGAAGCAUUUCCAAUGCCACUGGGUUAAGGGUGAACCUAUAAUUGUAACCAAUGUGCUGGAAACGACAUCUGGUCUGAGUUGGGAACCAAUGGUGAUGUGGCGUGCAUUUCGCCAGAUUACAAAUAUCAAACAUGGUCAACACUUGGAUGUAAUUGCCAUUGAUUGUUUGGACUUGUCUGAGGUUGAUGUGAAUAUUCAUCAAUUUUUUAAGGGGUAUUCAGAGGGCCGAUUUGACUCUUAUGGGUGGCCUCAGAUACUAAAAUUGAAAGACUGGCCACCAUCUAACUCAUUUGAGGAGCGGUUGCCACGCCAUGGGGCUGAGUUUGUCAAGUUGUUGCCUUUUAAGGAGUAUACACAUCCGUUCAUAAAAAAGGAGAAGCAUAAAAAGAAGAAAAAACCAAAGGAGCAGAAGCAUAACAACAAGAAAACACAAAAGGAGCAUAAACAUUAUCGAUAUGGUUUUCUUAAUCUUGCUGUCAAAUUGCCUAAGGAUGGACUGAAGCCAGACUUGGGGCCAAAGACAUACAUUGCGUAUGGGUUUAUACAAGAGUUAGGUCGUGGAGAUUCAAUCACUAAGCUUCACUGUGAUAUGUCUGAUGCAGUGAACAUUCUGACACAUACAGAGGAGGUUACUCUAACUGCUGAGCAACUUAAAUGUGUAAACGAGUUGAAAAAACAGCAUGCUGCCCAGGAUCAAGUAGAAUUAUAUAAUAAUUUUCAGAGAGAUAAUGAUGUGACGGGGAUGCAACAAACAGCCCCUUCGAAGAAGUUUAAGCCAGAUCCAGAUUGUAUUGCCUUUGAUAAUGAUGAAGCUCGUCCGAUGCUGGAAAAUCAUGACCAUCUUAAUGGUUCAUAUAAUGAUCAAAAGACUAGGAUGACUGACAAUACGGUGGCUGAUAAUCUGGAUGUAUUUAUGGAUCAGGAUGAAAAAAGUGAACCUUGUUGUCCAACAAAAGAAAAAUCUCAUUGCAAUCUGGCUAGUGAAUGUGGAACGACAGUUGAUAAGAAGACAAUGCUUCAAUAUGAGAGGAAAGGACGAAAGCCUUGUGGAGGAAAGUCCAGGAAAGGUCAUAUUAAUGAUCAACCGGAUCAAACUGAUCCUGAGGAAGUGGCAAUUAGGGUUGAUGCCAUAGCAGGUACAAAUGUCCGUGAAAGUCCAUCUGCUGUUCCUCAAAAUGGCAAGGAGUCAUUGCUUAAUAGAGUUACACCUUUUGAUAGUAGUGUACCUUCCCUAACUUCAGACUUUGAAGGGUUAGAAUAUGCAGAGGGAGGUGCUUUGUGGGACAUUUUCAGGAGGCAAGAUGUUCCAAAGUUGCAUGAAUUUCUUAUGAAGCACUUCAGAGAAUUUAGGCAUAUCCAUUGUUCUCCAUUACACCAGGUUACUCAUCCAAUUCAUGACCAAACAUUUUACUUGACUUUGGAGCACAAACGGAAGCUCAAGGAAGAAUAUGGAAUUGAGCCAUGGACAUUUGUUCAGAAACUUGGAGAUGCUGUUUUUAUUCCUGCUGGUUGCCCCCAUCAAGUUAGAAAUUUGAAGUCAUGCAUAAAAGUUGCCCUCGACUUUGUCUCUCCCGAAAACAUCAAGGAGUGUGUCCAUCUGGCUGAUGAAAUUCGUGUGCUUCCAACCAAUCACCGGGGGAAGGAAGAUAAACUAGAGGUGAAGAAAAUGGUAAUCUAUGCAGUGCAGCAGGUCAUUAAAGAUUUAGAGGAGUUGGGCAGCUUAUGAGAAAAAAAGGGCGACAUCGUCUGCACAGGAACAUGUUAAUUUUGAUGAAAGGAACAUGCCUAUUUUUGGGGGUUUUUUUUUUGGGUUUCUUUAACCAGUUUAUGUACAUCGAUCAAACUUUCUAUCACUAAAUCAACUUUCUAUGAUUUAGGUUAAAAAAUACAAUACUGCACUACAUUUUUGUUCCCACCGCUUGCAAGUUGGUGGCGUAGAUCGUGACGCGUGUCUUUUAAUAUUUUAUGUAUAUAUAACUCCAAAAAGAAUUUAUAGCACUCGUAGAUGUUGCAUCCA